CCUAGUGAAAAUUAAUUAAAAAAAAAAAAAAAGCUUGAGAGAUUAAAGAAAAGAGGGGGAAAGUUAAGAUAAAAGGCAUAGGCGCGCCUUGGAUUUGGGGUUUAGCAGGGGUUUUUGUAGAACCCUAGAUACCACUUUCACCAAAUUAACUGUUACACUGUGCGAUUGUUCGCGCUAAUUUCAGCGAUUCAACUCUGAAUUCGGCCAUUGAACUUGCACUCUCCUCGAAAAUGGCGGAUUUGCUCACUUCUUCAUUGUCGCAGAGUUUCCGCACUGUUCCUCCGGCGGCAGUUCCAGCAAUGUUAGACUGUAUUUCAACUUCUACUGGUGUAUCGCAUUCAUCCCUCUUUGAUUCGCUUCUUCCAGAUUUCUCCAAUCUCAUCAAGGUGAUUAUUGAGGAUAAUAAGAAGUUAGAUUCUGAGGAAUGUGCAUUUAUUGUAUCCUACUUGCGGGGGCUCUCUCAUCUUAUGAAGAAAAUGGGAGUGAAUUCUGUUGCUCUGGAAUGUUUUAUGUGGGAUGGUUUCAUCCCAAUGAUGAAGAUGUUUCAGCUGUAUGAGAAAGAAAUGUUACAUGAGAUUGUAGGCUCUGUGCUUGAAGUUGUAAGUGAAACCAAUAACUGGGAACUAAUUGAGGCCUCACUGGUUCCAAUUCUCCUGCGAUCAGUUGGGUUUUCCAUGGACAUGUGUCAAAACGAAGAUAAAUCUGUCAUUAUAUGGAGUAGGUGUUCCAUCUUUCAGAGCUCAGGAGACUUGCAGAAAUUGGUUAACAAAAGUGAUAAUGCUCCAGUUCUUCCAUUGACUCUGUCAUGCUACAUUUUGAGCUGCCUACUGGAUGCUGCAGCAGAGAAAAACCAAGAUAUGAAAGGCUCUUCCAUCCCAUCAGAAACAUUUUGUGGUAAUCUUUUAUGGGAUCUAUGCAAUUUGACUAUCCAAAUGCUUUCACAGAGUCUUGAUCAUAGGUCUUGCACCACUAGUCUUCUGCUCCCAUCCAUUUUUAAAGCAUUUUCUUCGAAGUGCUCAUAUGAAGUUUGCAUUCAAGGUGGAAACUGCUGUAUAUCCAGGCAACAUUUCUUCAUGAAUCUAUGGAAGUGUUCCCGAGUUCUUUUUGCUUUGGGACUUGCAGAAAGGAGAGAUGCAUAUGGUAUAAUCUCUAUGUAUUUGUCCUAUUUUUCUUCUGUUGAUCAGUCUCAAGUGGAAAUGGAUGAUCAUAGAGCUGAAGAAUUUGACAUAAGAGCUGAAAAGGAAUUUUGGGAUGAAAUUAAAAGAGGCUUGGUUGAAAAGGAAGGCUUGAUAAGGAAGCAAUCUUUAUACAUACUGAAGAGAGUAAUGCUUAUAAAUGAUGGAGAGCAGCUCAAUCCAGUUGUUACAGAGAAAAAGUCACGCCAUAGAGCUCCAGUUCCUCAUGGCAUGACAAAAAGGGAUGUCUGGGCUGAAGAGGAAGCCAAAUCACUAGGCAUUGGGCAAAUAUGCCUCUCAGCUGAUGAAUAUUUGAGCGAAAAGCAGAAGUGGGAGGCAUUCAUACUUCUUUAUGAGAUGCUUGAUGAAUAUGGCACUCACUUGGUUGAGGCUGCAUGGAAUCAUCAGAUUAUGAUGCUACUCCAAUCACGUGUUUACCAUAAAAGUGUUAUGGAUCCUGAAGCAUCUAAUCAGCAAAUUAAUAUGCUUGGUGGCAACUUUGACUGGCUAGCUAUUUUAUGGGAACGGGGACUUUUUCAUGAUAAUCCGCAUGUUAGGUGCAUGAUUAUGAAGUCUUUUUUGGAUAUUGAAUGGAAGAAUCAGGACAACUGCAGAGCUUUGUUUCCAGAGAAAUUUGUGCUUGGUGCCUUUAUGCAAGGGCUGAAUGAUCCAGUUCACCACAAAGAUUUUGGUCUGAAAGGUUUCCACUCUUCCAAAACAAUUGAAGGUGCCUCCAAGUUCUUGUACCAAUACUUUAAAUUUUUACAUGGGAGGGAACAGAUUUUAUUUUUACGCGAGUUAGCAUCUGUAGCAAGACAGCAGUCUCUUGGCCGAGCUGGUUUAAUGAGCCUAUCAGAAUGCAUCUUUUCUGCAAGCAAAUCGUCAAAAUAUUUCUCAGCGGAGGGGCAAGUGGGUACUGGUGCUGCCAGACAAUGGAUAAAUGCCUUGCCUGAUUUAAAUGACAUGGAGUCUUCAAGAACUCAACAUUGUGCCGAUAAAGCUGACUUAAUUGACAGUCUGAGGUUUCUUGUUGAAAAUAGUAAACAGCACUUCAAUCCUAAUUACCGUCUCAGAAUUUGCGAGAGAGUACUAGAAGCUGCUGUUUCAGUUGUUUGUCCUGACGAGCUUUCCCUUGAGACAAUUUUGCACUUCAUAGCAGCUUUACCACGUGAAUUUACUGAUACUGGGGGUUCUUUAAGGAUCAAAUUAAAGAAAUGGUUUAUAGGGAAUCACAAGCUGAAUAAUGCUACAGAUUGCUCUAGUGACAAAAUGCAAAUUGUGCGAAGUCUGUGGGACUUCUUGGAAAGAUUUUCCUCUCAUAAAAAAAAAUCUGAUGUCGAGUUUCAUUAUGAUGAUGAAGACUUGGUUGCAUGGUUCACUGAAGCGGAAAGAUGGGCUAGAGUUUUGUUUCUGUACGUGGAGGAAGAAUACCAAUUAGAACCUCUUUUUAGGUUUAUUGAAGAAAAGGGUGUCAGCACCAGUCAACAACACAGCUUGGGGGAGAUGAUACCUGUGAAGUAUCUCAUAUUGCUCUUGAGCCUGGUUCAUGAGCUAGAAUUUAUGCAGAUAGGCUCUGAUGAGUACACCAAAGCACAACUUAAAUCCGAGCUGAAUGGCACUGCUAAUAAGAAUUUUCUUAUUGCUGAUAAGUUUUCCAAUGUUUUCCUUGUCAUACUGAAGGACUUGAUUUCAUUUGCUGAAUCGUCUUCUUCAAUAUUCUGGUCUCAUGUUGUGGUGGAUGGUAGAUUACCUGGUUCCGUAACUGGAAAGCUAGGAGGCCCUAGUCGGAGGCGACUAUCUUCUCCUAUCACAACUGCUGUCUUGCAAGCUAUUGUGUCAGUGAGAACUGUUGUAACUGUCUCAUCAUGGUGUGCACAUAUCAAAGAUGAUGCUGGACUAAAUCUUGCUUUCUCUUUCGUGUGGAAAUUCUUGCACUUGGUGGUUUCCUCAGCUUUCGGUGAUUGUGAGACUAGUGCGGAGAUUAAUUUGGCUGCAUAUGAAGCUCUGAGUUUUGCCCUAAAAGCUUCUGCUCCAGUGAUUUCUUCUUCAACUGUCUAUAAUAUUCAAGACAUGAAUAGCACCUUAGAUCCAGUGGCAAAGAAUAGGCCACUUCUUGAUUCCCUGGUUCUGACAUUUCUCAAUCACAUAAAUGGUUUACUUGCUAUUCAGCAAUUAGCCCGAACGAGGAGGGCUAUAUUAAUGAACUGGAAGUGGCUGUGCCUAGAAGCUCUAUUAUCAAUUCCAUAUCAUGCUUUUCAAAAUGGAGUCCAGUUUGGACAUGAUAAUACUUUCUUUUCAAAUGACGCUGUCAGCUUUAUCUUUGCUGACCUUGUUGAGAGCCUAGAGACUGCUGGAGAAGAUUCUGUUUUGUCCAUGCUGAGAUCAGUCAGAAUGGUUUUGGAUCUAUUAACUUCGAGUAGUUCAUUUGUCUCUGGCUGUAGUGGGGUUGAUGCACAGAUGAUAUGGCAAUUGGUUAGGUCCUCAUGGGUACUGCACACUAGCUGUAAUAAGCGAAGGGUUGCACCAAUUGCAGCGCUUCUCUCUGCUGUUCUGCAUGAAUCUGUUUUCAGAUUAGAGGAAAUGCAUGUGACUGAUAUAGGACCUGGCCCUUUGAAGUGGUUUUGCGAAAAGGUUUUUGAAGAAGGCAUAAAAAGUCCUCGUACCAUUCGCCUUGCAGCUCUUCACUUGACUGGGUUAUGGCUCUUAAAUCCUGUGGUCGUAAAGUAUUACAUGAAAGAGCUAAAGCUUUUGACUCUAUAUGGAUCUAUUGCUUUUGAUGAAGAUUUUGAAGGGGAACUAACAGAGAAUGGUGAUGCAAGAACUGAAGUGUCAUUGUUGGCAAAAAUUCCAGAUAGUGAGAUUGCAGAGGCUUAUAUUAAUACAGAGCUGUAUGCUCGAGUUUCUGUUGCCGUGCUCUUUUACAAGCUGGCAGAGGUAGCUAAGAUGGCUGGGUCUGGAAGAGAAACUGAAAAGUGCUGUUCUGCCUUUGAGUCUGGAAAAAUGUUUUUGUUGGAGCUUCUUGACUCUGCGGUUAAUGACAAAGAUCUUGCAAAAGAACUAUAUAAGAAGCAUAGUGCGACUCAUCGUCGAAAAGCCCGGGCUUGGCAAAUGUUAUGUAUUCUAUCAAGAUUUAUUGAUCAGGAUAUUGUUCUGCAAGUUAUACAGAGCUUGUCCAUAUCAUUGUAUAGAAACAACUUGCCUGCAGUUCGGCAGUACUUGGAAACUUUUGCAAUACAUGUUUACCUUACUUUUCCAUUCUUGGUACGGCAGCAUUUAGCUCCUAUAUUAAGUGAUUACAAUAUGAAGACUCAGGCACUGUCCUCAUAUGUAUAUAUAGCAGCUAAUGUCAUGAUCCAUGCAAAGGCAGAAGCUCAAUCUAAGCAUUUGGAUGAAUUGCUUCCACCUUUAAUUCCAUUGUUGACUUCCCACCACCACACAUUACGUGGUUUUACUCAGUUGCUGGUAUAUCAAAUUUUCUGUAAGCUACUGCCGGAAAUAGAUUCUAGCUGGUCUGGAUCAAUUGUUUUGGAGAAAAGGUGCUUCAGAAGUUUGAAGUCAUACUUGGAAUUAAAUCCUGACUGUGCGAGAUUGCGAGCCUCAUUGGAAGGGUAUCUUGACGCUUUUAAUCCUAUUGAAUCUACUACUCCUGCGGGAAUCUUCUCCAGCCGUGUUGAGGAUAUGGAUUUUGAAUGUGUUCCAAUGUGCCUAAUAGAUCGAGUGAUGAACUUUUUAAAUGCUGUCAGAGAAGAACUCAGAAAUUCAAUGGCCAAGGAUGAAUCUACUCUCAAGAAUGAGACUUUAAUGAUCGCAGAAGAUCGAGGCUGUAUGUCUCAUUCAGCAAAUGCAGGACAAGAAAUAUUGCUUGCUUCACCCUUAAGUAAUACUCCGUUGGAUUUUCAGAAGAAGUUCACAUUGUCUAAGCACGAUUUGCUUAGUGAUGAAUUGGAAAAGGAGGACCAACUUCUUGAGCAAAUAUUGCAGUCAAGAACCAUAUCUAUGGAAAAGGUCAAGGCAAACCGACAGCAAAUCAUUCUUGUUGCAUCUCUCAUUGAUCGUAUACCAAACCUUGCUGGGUUGGCAAGAACUUGUGAGGUAUUCAAAGCAAGUAGUUUGGCAAUAGCAGAUGCUAAUGUGCUACAAGACAAACAGUUCCAGAUGAUAAGUGUCACGGCAGAGAAGUGGGUUCCCAUCAUAGAGGUCCCAGUGAAUAGUGUCAAAAACUUUCUGGAGAAAAAAAAGCGAGAGGGUUUUGCAGUUUUGGGAUUGGAACAAACUGCAAAUAGCAUACCCCUGGACAAGUACAACUUCCCCCAACGAACGGUCCUUGUUCUUGGCCGUGAAAAGGAGGGUAUACCUGCUGAUAUAAUCCAUGUUUUGGAUACUUGCAUUGAAAUCCCACAGUUAGGGGUAGUUAGGUCCCUCAAUGUUCAUGUUAGUGGCGCCAUUGCUAUCUGGGAAUAUACUCGUCAGCAGAGAUCUAGAUAAAUCUGUCAUUCUGCAUCUACUGAAAUUUAAUUCAAGAUUGCUGCAUAUUCAUCUUCAUGUUGUUAAAUUUUAUGAAUCGUGUUCUCUGUAGUCUGUAAUGCUUCAAUUAUAGAUAUUUUUUUUGUAGAACAUCUUACGAAGGUUAUAUCCCUUCAGGCCACUCCUUGGUAGUUUUACUUUCUUUUUGAUAUAAAUAUAUCGUAGUCAAAGGGUCUUAAGAUUUGCUCCAAUGUCAUGUGACAUUGUUAGUAUUCAGGUCAAAUGAUAUGAGUCUUAUGACAAUGAAAUAGUAUAGACUGAAUCAUUCUUUUGUUA